AUGACUUCAACUUCAACUUCUAGCGAUGAUGUCGCCUUUACACUCACCUAUGUUCCAAAAAUUGCCCCUGCCAUCGUAUUCUCUGUUGUGUUUGGUCUCAUGUUUGUCUUUCAACUCGGCCACGAAAGGAGGUUCAAGGCCAAGCAUAAAGAUACUUCUACUGACAGAGACUGGUUGAGAUUUAGUAUCAUCGCUCAUAUGUUCAAACUUGCAAUGGGUCUUGAGAUGGGUGGUUAUAUUGCCAGAAUAUUUAUUAAUAAGAACCCCGAUCAAACAGCUCCAUACGUGAUUCUGACUUUAUUAACUGUUAUUGCCCCCAAUUCAUUCACUGUUUGUUUGAUUUUGUAUUAUGGUGAAGUUAUUAGAACUAACAACGCACAAAGAAGUUGUUUAUUACCUGAGUGGUGGAUAACCAAAAUGUUUCUUUUCCAAAUUCUUUUUGCUGUGGUUUUUGCAAUCUCUGGUUCAGUUUUACUUACUACCGAUACCUCCAAGUAUAAUGUCGCUCGUGCCCUACUUAUUGUUUGUUUCAGUAUCUUAUUAUUGGUUCUGGUUACCGUUCUCUUGGUCUUAAUUCAUUUCUUCAUAAAGAAUUCGAGUGCAGUCAAAACCUUAACAGGGAAGAAAUUGGAAUUUGAAAUUAGAGUUAAAGCAACAAGAUACUAUUGGAAAAAUCUUACUUUAGCAUUGAUUGUGAUCUUUCUACUUCUUAUUGUGAGAAAUAUUUACCGUUUAGCAGGAAUGAUUGAAGGCUAUGGAGGUCAAAUCUUUCAACAUGAAGUUUAUCAAUAUGUUUUGGAUGCAACAAUGAUUGCUAUUGCUGGGUUUACAUUCAUUGCCUGUUGUAAUAUUGCUACAUUGGCUUACGUGAGAGCUGAUUACAACGCUAUCUUUGGCUAUGAUGGUAAUUACAAAGAGUUUGAUACUGCUAGUCAACAAGCUUAA